AUGCCUCAGUUAGAGGAUAAACCUCUGCUUGGUGAAGCUUCAACUUCUGUGGAGUCGCCUGCGGAUGACUCGGCCCAAAUCGGAGAGUUGAGAAAGUCAGUUGUUACUCAAAGGUUAGCAACCCUUUUUAAAGAAGACAUAGGAAACUGCUGGUCAGACCUUGGACCAUUUCUUGAAGUUCCUGAGAGCGAAAUUCGCAACAUAGGCAAUGAUUACCAUAAAGCUCGCGAUAAGGGAUUUGCUCUUCUCCAGUCAUGGAGGGAUAAGGAAGGGCACAAGGCAACUAAAUUGUACGAGAAGAAAAACGAGGAGAAAGCAAACAUCAUGAAACGUAUAGAAGUACGGAGGAAGCGUUAUAUUUGGCUUUUUUUCUGGGUAUUAUGCGACAAAGAGGGCGAGACCGCGCAAAGCCAAGCCAGCGAGAGAGGAGGUUCCCCUGAGACGAUACCCAGUGCUGCAUCGAGAACACGAGACAUAAAACAAAAUGGAAGUGGAGAUGAAACAGGAAGUCAACAAAAGCAAUUGGAUGAGUUAAGUGAAAUUAUCAGAACAGUUAGAGAGAUGAAUCAAGUCGUGACGAGACUCCAAUCUAGAGUAGAUGAACUUCCCAGGAGGCAGCAGAACACGAAUAGGAACGAGCCAACUGAGAACACGAAAAGGGACGAGCCAAUUGAGAACACGAAGAAGGACGAGCCACUUGAAAUUAUGAAAAGCCUGUUGCAGGAGGUAGCUGCAAUAAAAGGGGUCAUUGAACAGAAGAUUUUAGAGCGCAUAGAGGGGAAUGGAAAUGUAGAGGGGCUGAGAGAAAUAACUGAAAAAGUCAGAAAGGUUAGGCAAGAUUUCUCAUAA